ACUAUGAUUAUAACAUAUACCAGUAACUAAUGGUUGUUGUAUAGGAGAGGCUGAUAAGAGUGAUGAGAAUGUUAAAAGGCUCGUCAUUUAUCUUCCUAAGAGUGUCAAUUUAGAGUUUUUUAUGAUGCGAUCAAAGCUUUGGCAGACAUUCAACAAAGUGGAAUCAAUCAUAAUGAGCAACCCUCAGUCUCUAUCUGUUGAUAUUAUCAAACAUGUACUGAUGGGUAGAUACAACAUGACAUUAAUGCCUCAGUUAGCUCAGUGUAAAGAUACCAGUGACAUUCUAUUAUUAGUACAAGAGAAUAGUUCACUUGAUGAUAUAAGUAUGUUGGAGUGUCUUGUUACUUUCUUUAAUAUACAUGAGGCUAAGCCAGCUAUAAAGGAAUAUACACAAGAUAUUGAGAAAUUAAAACUGAAACUUUGUCAAUAUUUGGAAGAAGAGCUUUUAAAAGCAUCAUCAAUAAUUAAGUAUGUUACGAUUUUCGUUGAUGAAGAUGCUCACUAUUUAAAACUUGAAGAUGUAGAGAGACUGUCAUCAGCUGUAUUAUCCCGUUACAUAAAAUUAAAUGUCAUUAGAGAUGUCUGUUAUGAUGAUUAUGAUGAUUAUUAUUAUGAUAGUAUGUGGUAUGAUUGGGAAACAGAAUCAUUGACUGAUAUUGAUGUGGGCCCUACUGUACAAAGUAAAUAUACCACACUAACAACUGAAGUACCAGCAGGAACAACAGAACCAGUGAGCCAUUCUUACCAGGAGGAGGAAGACACAAAGGAUGAGGAUCAAGUUAUGUUGCUACAGGAGAAAGUUGAAAGUAUUCAAAAGCAACUGGAGGAAGAAAAGGAACUCCAUGAAAAAGAGAAACAAUUUCAUGAACAAGUUAUAAAGAAAUACAAAGAAGAGAUACUUCAACAGAAAAGGGACCUCAUUUUAAAAGAAGAGAGAAUAGCAACACUUGCUGAACAACAGGAGGAAGUUAUGAAACGCAAGACAGAACGAUAUGAAGAAUCAAGAUCAGACAAUAAUCUUACUCAUAAACAACUGGAGGAACUACAAAAGAAAUUAAAGGAAGAGGAACAAACAUCCUCCAACUUCAUGAAACAAAAAGAAUAUGCUCUAAGAGAGAAAGAGAAACUACAAGUAAAGAUUGAUGAUCUUCAACAAGAUUUAGAACUACAGCAAGCUAAAGAUCACAAAGAAGUAUCAGUUCAAUGUGACUACACUAUCACUGAGUCAGGUUUACAUGAAUUACCUACUGGACAUAUAUACAAUGAAUAAUGAUGAAGAAAACGAUAUUAAUGUAAAAGAUUCAAAUGAUGAAGUUGAGACUCAAACUGAAACUGAAAACAAAGAAAUACAAACAACACAAACAACUCUUGAGAAAGAAAUUCAGUUCAACUAUC